AUGAUAAAAGACACCAAUUUGUUGAUACCAGGAUUACUGGAUAAGUUUGUAGUGGUCAAUGGGACAGUGCCUUCUACAGUAACCCAGAUAGAGUUUGGUAUGAAAUGUUGCAUAUUUGAGGAACCGGAUAGGUUGAAGAAUAUAACGGAGCAGUAUUUGCAUCUAGGCGGUCAUCAUUAUCAUAGCUGGAAAUACUUCCCUCGCCUUCGCUCCAAGCUAAUACGCUUCUUGAAGGUUCCCACCACUAAUUUUCCAGAUUUACCAAAGUCUGAGCCUGGAAAUUACAUCUCUUGUAUCCAUAUCCGACGGACAGAUUUCAACGGGACCGGAUUUCAUAUGGCCGGCAAUGAUUUUAUAUUGAAUUCGAUCAAGUAUGUGGAGAGGGAAGAAAAAGGAAGGAUAGCGGAUCUGAAUGUGACCACCGUGUUUUUCGGGGACGAUUUGGAGUUUAUGGAGGCGUUGGUGAAUGAGACAAGGCGAUGGGAGGAUGAGAACCUGCGUACCGUAUCCUUCAUCUCCAAAAACACCCCGCCAGACGAUAUUCUGUAUGCCAGAUACCACUGUGACGCGGUGUUAAUUACUUCUCCCCACUCGACAUUUGGUUGGUGGAUGGGAUUCCUGUCGAAAGGGAAUAUGGUAUAUUAUAAUGAUAUAAAAUUCACGGAUGAUCAGAGUAUGGUUGCUGGAAAUUUCGAGCCAGAUGACUACUUCCCGCCGCACUGGAAGCCUAUACGAUAUGGGGAUGUGAAUAAUUUGACGGUUGUGGAGAGUUUGAAGUGA